AUGCUCGCAUUCUGCGCAACCAACCCUGGCCCCCCCGUCCACCCGUCCACCGGUGCGUUGCGGCGUUGGGCGGCGUUGCCUGUGCCGGCGAGCUAUUUCGCGAAGACACCACGUUUCCGAACACCAAACAUGCCUAAACUCAUGGAUGAUGGGAGGGGGCUUCAGGCUUAUGACUUCCCAAGCGCCUCCCUUUUGAAACAUUUGUCGAAAUAUCGUUUCUUCUCUGACAGAGAAACUGCCUUACAGAUGAUCCGCCAUACUCGAAUUGACCCAAUAAGCUCAGCCAUAGACAUUCGCACCAGCUGUGAAAACAACAGACAAGGGUCGGUUUUUGUGCCUUCCAAUCCUCGCGAAUCCCAUCUUCUCAAAAUACUUGACACACCGGGGACCAUUGGUCUGUGUUUCUCGGUUGACCCGAGUGGUGUCGGUGUCGGAAAUUGCAGCCGGUUUAGUCUGCCCAGGCAGGCGAAUUACGAGAAACCAUUUCCCACGGUCGAAUCCUGCGUCCUUUCGCAAGAAUCCUCAUCAAAGAGGGAGUUGGAAGGAAUGCAAUUUGUCAACAUGCCGAAGCCACAAGCGUCACUAUGUUUGAGACAAUUCCAGAUAUCAUUUACCGACCGGUCUAACGCCAAAAAUGGCUUGGCAUGGCCGGCGGGAUAUCUCGACUUUUGUCACCAGACGUUGGAGCCUAGACGUCGCGAGUCACCCGCCUUGCUAGCUCAAUCGGUAGAGCGUGAGACUCUUAAUCUCAAGGUUGCGGGUUCGACCCCCGCAAGCUGGCUGUGGAAUGGCCAAGUCGAGGCCUGGAAGAAUAAUGCAGUCAAAGCGCUCGCUGGAAACUUUCCUCCAUGCGACACAUUCUCCUCCCCGCGUCACAUUGGCAGUAAGGGGCUCGCAAUCUUUCGUCUUCCACCUUCACCGUCAUGGUCGUCCAGAACGAUGGCUGGUGGGUUAAAGAAGCCCAGGCAUCUCUCUGCCUUCAACAUGGACGAAGAUGGCAAAGCCAUGCCGAAAAUCGAGAUCCUCAAUCUGCCGUCAGAAGUACUCCUGGAGAUAUAUCAACACCUAGCAGCACCGAUGCAAGACGCGUCCUCAGAACACUUGUACUGGUAUUAUUUCUCCAUCUACAGCAGCGGCGUCAUGCAAAGACCAAAGCUGGCCGAAGUCCUCGCAGCCAUGCACUCGAUGGCGGGCCACGAACUCUGCUCGUGCUACUACGACAUGUUACCUGCAGCAGUCUUCCCAGACCUGUGUCUUUUGUUGGACAUUCGAGUCCCUGAACGAUUCUUUCGUCAUCACCCGCUACCUGGUGGUCGGAUGAAUAGCCUUGACGAAGAAUGGACCACCAACGCCGCAAACCGCCUCGUUGUCUUUCUCAACUAG